GCUUGGAGGAGGGCGGGUGCGCCUGCGCUCUUGCUCGUACGCGCGGCCUCUUGAGCUUGGCGAUGAAGCGUGUUUUCUCACUUCUCGACAAGUCUUGGCUUGGUUCUCCAAUACAGUUUGCCUGGCAAAAAACCUCAGGGAACUACCUGGCCGUCACAGGAGCUGAUCACAUUGUGAAAAUCUUUGAUCGCCAUGGCCAAAAAAGAAGCAAAAUCAAUUUACCUGGUAACUGUGUUGCUAUGGAUUGGGAUAAAGAUGGAGACAUCCUAGCAGUGAUUGCUGAGACAUCUAGUUGCAUUUUUCUGUGGGAUGCAAACAAAAACAAAACCUGCCAGUUAGACAGUGGCCUGAGGGAUCAAAUGUCUUUUCUUCUGUGGUCAAAAGUUGGAAGUUACCUGGCUGUUGGAACUGUUAAAGGAAAUCUGCUUAUUUAUAACCAUCAGACAUCUCGAAAGAUUCCGGUCCUUGGAAAACAUACUAAGAGAAUCACGUGUGGCUGUUGGAACACAGAAAAUAUGCUUGCUCUGGGUGGUGAAGACAAGUUGAUUACAGUUAGCAAUCAGGAAGGGGACACAAUAAGACAGACGGCAGUGCGGUACGAGCCCAGCAGCAUGCAGUUUUCCACCAUGCGGACAGACGACUGGACGACGAAUGCCUCGGAGAACACGAUAAGUGUGUUGCUUGGCAAGAAAAAUUUAUUUCUUUUUAAUCUAAAUGAACCAGAAAACCCAAUUGAUCUCGAAUUUCAGCAGCGCUAUGGCAGCAUUGUCUGCUACAGUUGGUAUGGUAAUGGCUACAUAAUGAUUGGUUUUUCCCGUGGAACUUUUGUGGUGAUUUCCACUCAUAUUCGAGAGAUUGGUCAAGAGGUAAUUCAGACUUGUGACCAUAAAGAUAAUUUAACCAGUAUUGCAAUAUCACAGACCCUUAACAAAGCAGCUACCUGUGGUGAUAACUGCAUUAAAAUCCAUGACUUAUCAGAAUUAAAAGACAUGUAUGCGAUCAUCAACCUGGAUGAUGAAAAUAAAGGGCUGGGCACCUUGUCCUGGACAGACGAUGGCCAGUUGCUGGCGUUGUCCACCCAGCGGGGCGCCCUGCACGUCUUCCUGACCAAGCUCCCCAUCCUCGGGGACGCGUGCAGCACGAGGAUCGCCUACCUCACCUCCCUCCUGGAAGUCACCGUCGCCAACCCCGUGGAAGGAGAGCUCCCAGUCACGGUUUUCGUGGACGUGGAACCCAACUUCGUGGCCGUGGGGCUUUUUCACCUGGCUGUGGGAAUGAAUAACCGCGCCUGGUUCUAUGUCCUCGGGGAGAACGCCGUGAAAAGGUUGAAAGACGUGGAGUACCUGGGGACGGUGGCCAGCGUCUGCCUGCAUUCCGACUACGCCGCGGCUCUGUUUGAAGGCAAAGUCCAGUUGCAUUUGAUAGAAAGUGAAAUCUCGGACACUCAGGAAGAACGUGAGACGCGGCUUUUCCCUGCUGUGGACGAUAAGUGCCGGAUUUUAUGCCAUGCGCUCACCGCGGACUUCCUCGUCUACGGGACAGAUACUGGUAUGAUUCAGUAUUUCUACAUUGAAGAUUGGCAAUUUGUGAAUGAUUAUCGGCAUUCUGUUGGCGUGAAAAAGAUUUUUCCUGACCCAAACGGGACCAGAUUAGUUUUCAUUGAUGAGAAAAGUGAGGGAUUUGUCUACUGUCCAGUUAACGACACAACCUACGAGAUUCCAGAUUUCCCCCCGACCAUUAAAGGCGUCCUUUGGGAAAACUGGCCCUUGGACAAAGGUGUCUUUAUCGCCUAUGACGAUGAUAAGGUGUACACGUACGUCUUUCACAAGGACACCAUACAAGGCGCCAAGGUCGUUUUGGUCGGCAGCACCAAAGUUCCCUUCUUGAAUAAGCCUUUGCUCCUGUACAAUGGGGAGCUGACCUGCCAGACCCAGAGUGGAAAAAUCAACAACCUCUACCUGAGCACGCACAGCUUCCUGGACAACGUCGAAGACGUGAAGCCCGAGGAGCUGAGGCGGAUGCUUACAGAGACGCUGAUGCUCAAAAGGUUCCCCGAUGCCUGGGACAUUUGCCGGGUUCUCAACGAUCAGGCCGCCUGGGACGAGCUGGGCAGAGCUUGCCUCCAUCACAUGGACGUGGAGUUCGCCAUUCGUGUUUAUCGGGCCAUUGGAAACGUUGGCAUCGUCAUGUCCCUGGAACAAAUCAAGGGGAUCGAGGACUACAAUCUCUUAGCAGGACACCUUGCCAUGUUUACCAGCGAUUUCAACCUGGCUCAGGACCUGUACCUGGCAUCCAGCUGCCCUAUUGCUGCUCUGGAGAUGAGGAAAGACUUGCAGCACUGGGACCGUGCACUCCAGCUGGCCAAGCGCCUGGCCCCCGAGCAGAUGCCGUUCAUAUCCAAGGAAUACGCUAUUCAGCUGGAGUUCACGGGUGAUUAUGUAAAUGCUUUGGCUCAUUACGAGAAAGGGAUAACAGGUGAUAAUAAGGAGCACGAUGAAGUGUGUCUGGCCGGCGUGGCUCAGAUGUCCAUAAGGAUGGGUGACAUCCGGCGCGGCGUGAGCCAGGCCCUCAAGCAUCCCAGCCGGGUCCUGAAAAGAGACUGUGGGGCCAUCCUGGAGAGUAUGAAGCAAUUCUCCGAGGCGGCACAGCUGUACGAGAAGGGCCUGUACUAUGACAAGGCGGCAUCUGUGUACAUCCGCUGUAAGAACUGGGUGAAAGUUGGAGAGCUUCUGCCUCACGUGUCCUCUCCGAAGAUCCACCUGCAGUAUGCUAAAGCUAAGGAAGCAGAUGGAAGAUACAAAGAAGCUGUUGUGGCCUACGAGAAUGCGAAGCAGUGGAACAGCGUCAUCCGCAUCUACCUGGAUCAGCUCAAUAACCCCGAGAAAGCUGUCAGCAUCGUCAGAGACACCCAGUCCCUGGAUGGAGCCAAAAUGGUAGCCAGGUUUUUCCUGCAGCUUGGUGACUACGGGUCCGCCAUCCAGUUUCUCGUCUUGUCCAAAUGCUACAUGGAGGCCUUCACGCUGGCCCAGCAGCACAACAAGAUGGAAAUCUACGCAGACAUCAUCGGUUCUGAAGAAACAGCUAACGAAGACUACCAGAGCAUCGCCUUGUAUUUUGAAGGCGAGAAGAGAUAUUUUCAGGCAGGAAAGUUCUUCCUCCUGUGUGGCCAAUAUGCACGAGCACUUAAACACUUCCUGAAAUGCCCAAGCUCAGAAGAGAACAUGGCCAUAGAAAUGGCAAUUGAAACUGUCGGCCAGGCCAAAGAUGAGGUGCUGACCACUCAGCUGAUAGACCACCUCAUGGGCGAGAGUGACGGCAUGCCCAAGGACGCCAAGUACCUGUUCCGCCUGUACAUGGCGCUGAAGCAGUACCGGGAGGCGGCCCGCACGGCCAUCAUCAUCGCCCGCGAGGAGCAGUCGGCAGGAAACUACCGGAAUGCACAUGACGUCCUCUUCAGUAUGUACGCGGAGCUGAAAUCCCAGAAGAUCAAAAUCCCCGCAGAGAUGGCCACCAACCUCAUGAUCCUGCACAGCUACAGGCUCGUGAAGAUCCACGUGAAGAGCGGCGACCACAUGAAGGGGGCGCGCAUGCUCAUCCGCGUGGCCAACAACAUCAGCAAGUUCCCGGCCCACAUCGUCCCCAUUCUGACGUCCACGGUCAUCGAGUGCCACAGAGCCGGCCUGAGGAACUCGGCGUUCAUCUUCGCGGCUAUCCUGAUGCGGCCCGAGCACCGCAACAAAAUAGACGCCAAGUACAAGAAGAAGAUUGAGGCGAUGGUCAGGAGACCGGAUACCUCGGAGACAGAAGAGGUCACCACCCCGUGUCCAUUCUGCGACUUUCUCCUCCCGGAGUGUGGACUCCUCUGCCCCGGGUGUAAGAACAACCUCCCGUACUGCAUCGCCACAGGUCGUCACAUGGUGAAGAGUGACUGGACGGUGUGUCCCCACUGCGACUUCCCCGCACUGUACUCAGAAUUUAAACUCAUGCUCCGCUCCGAGAGCUCCUGCCCGAUGUGCUCGGAGAGGCUGAAGCCCGCCCAGCUGAAGAGAGUCACGGACUGCGCCCCGUACCUGAAGGCAGAGGUGGAGCAGUAGCUCGCCCAG